AUUUUCAAGCAUAACCGAGAAAAGUAGAAUUAGAAAGUGGGCUCUCGUUUUAUUUGACGGCUAACAAGCGCGCGACAAUUUUUAAAAUGUCAGAUCAGGAAACUCCCCUUGAUCUAAGUUGCAACGGGACGUCGAGAUCAAGUAUUCGCGGACUAAUAAGAUGUCCGCGAAAACUACCCUGUCCAACUUGCGGUAAACAUUUUGAUCGUCCAUCGCUUUUGAAACGACAUCUUCGCACGCAUACGGGGGAAAAGCCGCACGGCUGUUUAGUGUGCGGAAAAAAAUUUAGCACCAGCAGUUCGUUAAAUACGCAUGCUAGGAUUCACACCGGAGAAAGACCGCACGAGUGUCCAAUCUGUGGAAAAAGAUUUACCGCUUCCUCGAAUUUGUACUAUCAUCGAAUGACUCACUACAAGGAAAAACCUCACAAAUGCAACGAAUGUGGCCGCUCGUUUCCAACGCCCGGAGAUUUGAGAGCUCACGGAUAUUCGCACACCGGCGAUUGGCCGCUAAGGUGUCCAAUUUGCGCUAGAGGAUUUUGUAAGCCUGCGGCACUACAUCAUCACGUGCAGCUUCAUAGCGGAGAUCGACCUCACUAUUGCAAGUUAUGCAACAAAAAAUUCUCAGUUACAAGCAACUUGCGAGCUCACGAGCGAACCCACUACUCAGAAACUGUGACCAUAAUUUCUUCCACUCGAGAUAAUAUACGCAACGACAACGUCACGUUGAUCAAUAACUUAAACGACGGAUCGAAAGGUGAAACAACGAUACAAAUUCCUACUCCAAUUUUUCCGUGGAAUCCUUGGCUUCCGUUACAAUAUUCGAAGUAA